AUGAGCUCGUACUUCGUGAACCCGCUGUACUCCAAGUACAAGGCGGCGGCCGCGGCGGCCGCGGCGGCGGGCGAGGCCAUCAAUCCCACUUACUACGACUGUCAUUUCGCGCCCGAGGUCAGCGGCCGCCACGCCGCCGCCCUGCAGCUCUAUGGCAACAGCGCCGCCGGCUUCCCGCACGCGCCCCCGCAGGCGCACGCGCACCCGCACCCGUCGCCGCCGCCCGGCUGCGGCGGAGGGGGCGGCCCGGGCCCGGGUCAGGACUUCUUCCACGCCGGCGCGGGCAGCCCCGCCGCUGCCUACCAGGCCGCCCCACCUCCUCCUCCGCACCCUCCGCCUCCCCCCUGCGGCGGGAUUGCCUGUCACGGGGAACCCGCGAAGUUUUACGGAUACGAUAACUUACAGAGACAGCCGAUUUUUACGACCCAGCAAGAGGCCGAGCUGGUACAAUAUCCUGACUGUAAAUCGUCCCGUGGUAAUAUUGGCGAGGACCCAGACCACUUAAAUCAGAGCUCGUCUCCUUCUCAAAUGUUUCCCUGGAUGAGACCACAAGCAGCUCCUGGUAGACGGAGAGGAAGGCAAACCUACAGCCGCUUCCAAACCCUAGAGCUGGAAAAGGAAUUCCUUUUUAAUCCUUAUCUGACCAGGAAGAGAAGAAUCGAGGUCUCCCAUAGCCUGGCCCUCACGGAGAGACAGGUAAAAAUCUGGUUCCAGAACAGGAGGAUGAAGUGGAAAAAGGAAAACAACAAAGACAAGUUCCCCGUGUCCCGGCCGGAGGCAAAGGAGGGGGAGCCCAAAAAGGAAGGCCAUGAGCUGGAAGAAGAUGGAGCCGAAGGCCCCACAAAUUAACGUCUAAACGUGAAAAUUAUACCGCAGACUCUUAAGACUAAAGAUCAGCCAAUGCUGGUGGACGCCACCUCCCCCUACCCCUUCUUCUUUGGAAAGGACUUUACCUGUGUUUCAAGCUACCUUAAUGUCACUGCUCUUGAGGUUUCUGCGCUUUGAAAGGGAUUUGGGCGUUUUUUUUAAAAAUUAGUUUGUAGCAUUGCAUAGAAGCAGUCCUUGAGAUGCCCCAUAGAAGGGUAAUUUGAUACCGACCUUGUAGCUAUAUUUUUAUAAUGGUAGUUUUUAAUGUCUGAGCUGGUGAUUUGCCUCAACAACGUAAACUUCCUAAUGAUCAGCACUAAAUGAUCGAAUAUAAAAUGCUUUAUUAAUCAAACAAGUGCACUUGAACAUUUUAAAUCUUUAU